CUGCCGACGGCGGGCGCACGUGCAGCCUCCGCCGGCCUCGGGGGCGACUCGCCUUCGGGCGGGAAACGGCGACCCUCAAGCCCCCCCCCUCAGGUGCCCCCGAGACCCCAGGAUGGCAGAGGACGACGGGCGGAGGGUCCGCUACCUGGCCGACUUCGGCCGCCCGGUCGGGGGCCCGGCGGCGGGGCGGGCGCGGGUGCUGUGCCACGAGACGGACGUCUACCUCGCCGGCGGGACCGAGUUCGUCUACGUCUACGACCGGGAGGGGAAGCGGCUCCAGGCCGUGUACAGGUUUCCCGACCAAGUCUGGCACCUGGAACUCCUGGCCCUUCAGAGGGAACUGUACGUCCUGUGUGCCCGGAACGGUAUUUUCCGUCUCCCCCUGGACCGGCCAACCAGGUGGGCGGCCGGUGCCGGCGGAGGAGAAGGCCGCGACGACGGCGAGGAGGAGGCGGCGGCGGGCGUGGCGGCGGUCGGCCCCGAGGCCCGCGUACUGGCCGACCCCGCCCUGUGCGCCUUCGCCGUCCUGGCCGCCGACGGCGGCGGCCUCGUCACCCUGGCCCCGGGCCCGGCCACGUGGACCCUGAGCCUGUUCGAGCUGCCCCUGCCGGCCCCCGGCCCCCGGCCCCCGACCCCGGCGGGCCGGGUGGUCUUCCCGGCGGCCGGCGGCGACCCCCGGAAGCCCCCCGCCCCGCGUUCUCUCCCCGUCCUGUGCUGCGUCUCCCCGCCGGGCGGGGCGGGGGGCCCGCGGCCGACCGAGGCCCUGUGGGGCCUCCUGUCCGGCGGGAGCGGGGCCGCCGCCGCCGUCCUGUGCGGGCUCCCCGACGGCCGGCUGUGCCGCGUGGCCCUGCCCGCCCCGCCCGCCCCCGGGGACCCCGUCCGCCUCCUGCACCGCCUGGAGGAGCCGGUGGCCUUCGUCGGCGCCCUGAGGACCGCCGGCCCCGGGGGGCCCGGGCUGGACUGCGUGGUGGCCGUCGGACACGGCGGCCGGGUGACGGCCCUCAGGGCCGGGGAGGCCGGAGUCCCGGAGCUGCGGGACUACCGGCUGCCGGGCCCCGUCCUCUGCGCCGCCUGCGGGGCCGGGAGCCGCCUCUACGUGGGCACGCGCUCCGACCUGGCGGCCGUGGACCUGGCGGCCGGGGCCGGAGGCCGCCCCCCGGGGCCCGGCGAGGUCGGGGACCCCCCGGCCGGCCUGCCUCCCGUCCUGGCGCCCGCCGGCUUGAGGAUCUGCGGCGCGGUGACCCUGGCCGUGUCCGCCGGGGCGCCGGAAGGCGAAGUCGAACUGUUGGCGUUGUCGGUCGAGGGCCGGCUGAUGAUCUGCCGUUUGGGUCCGGGGGAGUCCGGGGGGCCCGAGGAGACUCGGCCCGCGAGGGGGACGGUGGCCCGGUCGGGACAGAGGAUCAGGGACCUGCUUUCCGGCAUCGGCAACGUCUCCGAGAGAGAGCGUUCCCUGAAGAAGGCGGAGGAGCAGAGGAACCGGGCCCUGGCGGGGCUGAACGAGGCCCUGAACGUGAGCUGCGCCCUCCUGGGCGGGCCCCGGGACCCCCGGCCCAUCGGCUGCACCAUCCGCGCCGCCUGGACGCCCCCGGGGGCCCUCGCCGCCGUCUGCGUCCUGCACAACGCCGGCGCCUUCGGCCUGGACCGCGGCUGGACCCUCUGCGUCCGGCUGGUCCCCGCGGCCCGCCCCCUGGACGGGGGACCCCCCGGCCCCGCCACCUACUCCGUCCCCCUGGGCCCGCUGGCGCCCGGCGGGCGCAGGGAAGUCACGCUGCCCCUGGCCCCGGACCCCGGCCGGCCGCCCGCCCUGCCCGUCACCGUCUCCUGCUCCCUCUUCUACGGCCUCGGGGCCGGGCCGGGCCCCGCCGACCCCGCGCCCGGCCGGGAGGGCGUCUGCCUGCCGCUCGGCCGACACUCGGUGGACAUUCUGCAGUGCCUCCGCUUCCCCGGCCCGGCCCCGGCCCCGGCCCCCGGCCCGGCCCCCGACCCCGUGGACGCCUUCCUGGGCGGGGCGCGGGCCGAGCCCCUCGUGGCCCGCUCCGCGCCGCCCUCCGUGGCCACCCUCAAGGUGUCCUCCCGGCUGCUGAGGGACGCCCUGCGGGACCGCUGCCCCGAAGCCCCCCUGUGCUGCGGCACCCUCAGGUGGCUGCUGGCGGAGAACGGCGCGGCGGACGCGGUGAGGACCCGGGCCGUGUCCGCGGUGCGGGCGGCGGCCCCCGACGGGAACGACGUCCACCUCCUCGUCCGAGAGGUGGCGGUGACGGAGCUGUGCCCGGAGGGCCCCGUCGCCGCCGUGGAGAUCCGGAUGGAGAGCUCCACCCUCGCCAACCUCUGCCGCCUCCACCACGCCGUCGUCCAGCGCUUCCGGGCCUCGGUGAUGGACGGAGCGGGCCGGGGCCCCGGCCCGCCUCCCCUCCGCCUGCACCCUCUGCGCCAGAUCCACAGCAACCACGAGAUGCUGCUGAAAGAAGUGCGGACCCUGCGCGACCACCCGGGGCGGGAGGACGACGCCGGCGCCGCGGCCGAGAGACUCCUGCGGCUCUACGGGCAGCUGCGCGACCCCAGCCUCAUUCUGCUCUGACCGCCGAGACCCGACUCGCCACGGCGGCCGGUUGGCGGGGCCCGCUGGCCCCCGGGCCCUCUGAGAAAGAGCGAUGGUCCUCUUUGGUC